AUGCGCGUUUCCGGGCCUCCGCAGCUCCCAUCCCCCAGUGUUUCCUCCCCUCCCCUCUCUCCCCACUCCCUCCCCACACUCCCUUCCUCCUCUGCGGCGAAACGUUCGAAAGGAUUCGCGAAUCAAAUACUAGGAAUAAUAAGUCCGAACCCCUGCGCGCGCCUGUCCGGCCUGUGUGGCCUCGCCGCUCUCCUCGCGGGUGUCGUUGCCAUCAGCUUCCUCGCGACCCACGCCAGCGCUCAAAACCUGUGUACCAGCGACCAGGAGUGUGGUGACGUUGCUUUCUGCAAGAAGUAUUGGUGGGGAAGGAAGUGCACGUGCGACACUGGUUAUUUCAUCGCAGCCAACAAGACGUGUGGGGACCCGUGCGCCAGCAUCGACUGCGGACCCAGAUCUUCCUGCAAGGUGGACUCUGUUGAUGGCAGCGCUCGCUGCCAGUGUGAUGAUGGUUCUGCCUUCAACGAAACGGACAACACAUGCCACGAUAUGUGUGCCGACAAGGAUUGCGACGAUGGUACUUGCGUGUAUGAUCCAGGCUUUGAUCGGGCCGAGUGCGUGUGCAAGAAGGGCUUUGUAUUCGACGAUGACAACACCAAGUGUGUGGUGGACCCGUGUGUCAGCCAAGGCUUGGAUUGUGGAUCAGAGGCUCACUGCGUUGGUUACAGUCCUAGCGACUUCGGUUGCCAAUGCAACACGAAAGGUUUUUUCCUCCACGAGGCUGACAACACGUGCUUUGGCCCUGUGGUCCGGACGUCGGUGGUGUACAUAAGGGGCUCUUAUGGAAUGCGCUAUUAUGCUCUGGGGGACAACGCCUUCUUUCUAACUCAGCGUCCAGAGCAGGCCAUGGGCACCAUCGUGUGCAACACAGACACGGCGAUGGUGGGCGACAACAGGAUCACUGUCGUGUGGAAUGCCACCAACCCCGUCUGGCAUACAUACGUGUUCGGCUCAGGCUACAGAAGGAACGAUGACUACUUGCCUGGCAACGCCAUGUGCAAAAGGUUGCUGUUUUACAACAGCAAUGACUGCACGGGGAAGGUGGCCUUCACACUCGCACGUCCUGCAAAGAAGGGUGGCUCCUACCCUGUAACAAAAAAGACUGUCAAUGAAAUCGCUCUGGUGGGAUCAACUGGAUGCGAGAUCAGUAAGUGCGAGCGCAUGCACGAAAUACUACUAAG